CUGUGGAGUUCAGAGAAUCAGUUGUAUUCAGAGCGCCAGCGAAGUAACAUCCAAGUGCCAAGUGCUGUGAAAAUUGUGAAGAAAUUCAAUUCUUUUUUAUAAAAUCAACUUUUGAGACUUUUUUACCCCAAGUCUAACAAUGGAGGCACCAACUACCAAGGACUACCCAACAAUGGGAAAGGACUUUAUCAAUGAAUUGGCUUCAUUCGAUACCACCAAAAUGAAAGAUGUUAACACACAAGAAAAAAUAAUUAUGCCAACUGCUGAAGAUGUGCAGUUUGAGAAGAGGGAGGCGAGUCUCUUCCAAGGAAUCCAAUCUUUCGACACGGCCAAAUUGAAGCACGCCGAGACCAAAGAGAAGAAUCCAUUGCCAGAUCAGGAAGUGAUUCAGCAAGAGAAAGGCGUGCAGCAGUUGAUUUCUGGCAUUGAAAACUUCGACCAGGGCAAGCUGAAGCACACCGAAACGUGCGAAAAGAACACACUGCCGACCAAAGAUGUCAUCGAUGAGGAAAAGAAGACGGCGUAAGCACUCCCCGAGGGAGAGAUAUUUAAGUAAAGAUAAAAAAGACCCGAAAAGUCCAUGAGAUAAGGAUUAAUCAAAAAAGAAAAAAAAAAGAAUAAUUUACAUCGAAAAUUUAUAUAUUCCGAAUAUUUUAAUACAAAAAAAAUACAAUUUCUCUAAUAUAUUUUCAUAUACAGGUGUUUUUUAUAAUAAAAAGGCAUUUUCUUUUUCAUUUUUAAUACCUUCGUAAAUUAUAUCUUAAUGAUUUUCAUGUAAUUCUGUAUUUUUUUUUAAUGUUAAUAACUAUAUUCUUAUAAUUUAGGAGAUCAAAAAUCAAUUUAUUGUAUUUGUUUGUUCUGCUGCAUUUCUUCUUCUUUUAUUUUUUGCAUGUUUCUCUCUCUAUGUUCUCAAGAAUAAAAAAAACAAUUCUCUUUUUAAACCAACUACUUGAUAAUCAACCCACGCAUAUUUCUAUGUAUUAGUAACAUAAAAUAUAAUUAAAACUAAAAAAUAAUCGAGAAAUAUUUGUAUUGAAAAGAUAAAAGAAAGAAAAAAAAAUGAUAAUCCUUUAUAAGAAAGAAAAAAUCAAUUUUCACACCUUCCAGUUAUUUUUGUAUUUUAUACAUUUUUUAAAAGGAAAAUUUAUUGAGAAACAUUUUUUUUUUAUUAUAACAUGUGAUGAAGAUUUUUUUGUAUUUUCUGUAUCAUUCGUCAGAGUGGAGUCAUUUUCUUUUAAAAAAAAACUACUGAGACGUAAUCCAAAAUUAACUGAUAUUUUUUCAUAAAUAUAUAUUUAAAAGGAAAAAAAAAACGAAAAAUAAUUGAUAUAUAAUUGUCGAGAUUUGUAUCGCAUUUAUAAAUAUUAUAUACAGAUGGAAUUUCGCAUUAGAUGUGGAAAAGAAGAAACUUACAGAUCAAUUAUAUUGUUCUGGUGCUUCAAUAAAAAUCAUUUAAACGUAAAA